AUGAAUCGUCUACGGGUAGCUAUUGGAAUAUCAGGUGGAGUUGAUAGCGCGGUAUCAGCAUGGCUGUUGAAGAAGAAAGGAUUCGACGUCGUUGGCGUUUACAUGAUCAACUGGGAUCCAGUAGAGGAAGGAUCAGCUGCCUGCUCACGAACGAAGGAUGAAACGGAUGCUCAAUAUGUAUGCGAAAAGAUGCACAUUCCAUUCAGUACGGUUAAUUUCGUCAAAGAGUACUGGAAUGAUGUUUUUGUAACUAUGCUGGACAACUACCGCCGUGGACGAACUGUUGUUCCCGAUAUCGCUUGUAACAGUCAUAUCAAAUUCGAACGCCUACAUCAUCAUGCUAUAGAAAAACUCGGGGCAAACUUUAUUGCAACUGGACACUACGCAAGUACAUCCUACGGGGACUUCCAGGAAAAUCAGCAACCAGGAUCUGGUGUAAAACUUCUAUGCGGAGCUGACCCGUUGAAAGAUCAAACUUACUUCCUGUGCACCUUGAAGCAAGAGCAAUUGAAACGGGCCAUGUUUCCUGUCGGAUCACUAACAAAAACCGAAGUUCGUCGAAUAGCGAGAGAACAGGAUUUGGAUGAAAUCGCCGAUAAGCCUGAGAGUAUGGGCAUUUGCUUUGUAGGAAAACGGAAAAAAUUUGAAAAGUUCAUCGAUCAGUAUAUCGAGCCAUGUCCUGGCGAAAUCCUUACCCUAGACGGCAAGCAUCUUGGUCAUCACCAAGGUGUCCAUCAUUUCACAUUGGGAAAACGAAUAGCCAUACAAGGAUGUCAUCUCGGAUAUUUUGUUGCACGAAUUGACGUCAGCAAUAGAAUUGUUUUUGCGUGUGAAGGCUCCCAUCAUCCGUCACUCUACGCCACGGAGUUUUGCUUAUCAGAGCCUCAAUGGAUAGAUAGGAAUCCUCUGGCAGAUGCCGAAGAAACGACCCUUGAGUGUCGGAUUCAACGUACCCAUCAACCUAUCAGGUGCCAUGUGAAACGAGUUGCACUUAAUCUCCUGUCGAUCAAGCCGGUGUUCCCUUUGAGAGCUGUAGCUGAUGGCCAGGUAUGUGUAUUCUACGAUGGCCGAGAAUGCCUAGGAGGUGGUGAAGUGCAAAACAUCGUCUCAACACUUGAAUAUUAA